CUCUUUUGUCCACCUAACAUUCUAGUUCAUGAUUAUUGCAUCCAACUUGUUAUAGCCUAUAGGUACUUGCUAGAACCGGCGCGCGACACACAAGUGGAGAUAUAGUAGCUUUUGUUUCAGAAUUUUCCUCCCAGAUGAUACACAUCAUUGCAAAGAUUUUCAGUUGCAACAGCAGUUAAGAAUUUGAACCAUGACGAUCAGAGCACACAAGAAAUCCAAGAAUUCACCACGGAAGCCCAAGAAAGAAGCAGUUUCUGUCAGCAUCAACGAUGAAAAAGAAACCCCUCUGUUGAUGCCCAAGAAGAUAGAAAGCAGUAGCUUUAGUCAUCAAGAUUUCAACGGGGCUUCAUUUACAGGAGCAGUUUUUAACUUGUCAACCACCAUAAUUGGUGCUGGUAUCAUGGCUCUGCCAGCCACCAUGAAAGUCCUCGGCCUUGGACUUGGUAUUGCUCUCAUUGUGUUUGUUGCCGUCCUCACAGAGUUUUCUGUGGGUUUGUUGCUGCGGUUUAGUAAAGCCGGCGGGUCGGCUUCUUAUGCCGGAGUUAUGGGAGAUGCAUUUGGAGAUGUGGGCCGGAGAAUUUUGCAAGUUUGUGUGGUAAUCAAUAAUAUCGGAGUGCUAAUUGUGUACAUGAUCAUUAUUGGUGAUGUGCUAUCUGGAUCAUCUUCAAGUGGGGUUCAUCACGCUGGCAUUUUAGAGGGCUGGUUUGGGGAGCACUGGUGGAACGGGCGAUUCUUUGUUCUUGUUGUGACCACUCUUGGUGUGUUUACUCCAUUGGCAUGUUUCAAGCGCAUUGAUUCUUUAAGACACACCUCUGCAUUGGCAGUUUUUCUGGCAUUUGUUUUUCUUUUGAUUACGGCAACCAUUGCUGUGGUUAAAUGGCUUCAAGGAACCACUACAAUUCCAAGAUUUCUCCCUGAUGUCACUGACAUUAAUUCAGUCUGGGCGCUUUUCACUGUUGUUCCUGUUCUCGUGACGGCAUAUGUCUGCCAUUUCAAUGUUCACAGUAUUGAAAACGAGCUUGAAGAUCGUUCACGGAUAAAUUCAGUUGUCCGAACAUCAUUGGCACUAUGCUCAAUCAUAUACAUCAUGACGAGCUUCUUUGGGUUCCUCCUGUUUGGUGAUUCGACUCUUGAUGAUGUGCUGUCCAACUUCGACUCUGAUCUUGGCAUCCCUUUUAGUUCCCAGCUUAAUGAUAUCGUUCGUGUCAGCUACGCUCUUCAUCUCAUGCUUGUUUUUCCAGUCAUAUUCUAUCCACUUCGCCUGAACUUGGACGGCUUUCUGUUUCCGUCUUCCAUUCCUCUGGUCACUGAUAACAUUCGGUUUAGCUUGCUCACAGCUGGACUCAUUGCUGUAGCCUUCUUAGGUGCAAAUUUCAUUCCCAGCAUUUGGGAUGCCUUCCAGUUCACCGGUGCAACAACAGCAGUUUGCAUUGGAUUCAUCUUUCCUGCUGCAAUUGCUCUAAGGGACGCACACGGUAUAACUUCUUGGAAGGACAAAACUUUGGCUGUUUUCAUGGUUGGUCUAGCCGUAUUUGCGAGUCUGGUGGCUAUAUACAGUGAUGCCUAUGCCAUCUUCAAGAAAAAUGCAUCCCCUUCGCGUGAAUGAUUUCACAGGGUGUUGCCAGCAGCAGCAGCAGCAGCUCCCGUAAAAGGCUCAGGCCUAACUCUUGUCCCAUGGACGCGAGUUGUAUGAGAAAAAUGGCUGAAAAUGUUAUUGCACUGUGUCUUUUGAGGAUCUCUGCGUGCACUCUACCAUUGAAGUGCUGGUUUAGUUAGUUUUCAAUAUUCAAUGUUGUUUCUGCAGGACGUAAGUAUAUUAUCUUAAACUUGGAUAGCUGAUAUAAACAAUCUCUUAAGACCCCAUUUACAUUCAGGAAUUGUGUGAUUACUUCCUAACAGUCCAGCCCCUGAUUGACAGGAAAGGCCGCUACUGUUCAUGGUUUUUAUUGUACUUGGUCGAUUGUAAUCUGUCCUAUGCUGGGCAGAUUACUAAGGAAUUAAAAUUCCCUUCGCCAGUUG